AUUUCGUUUUCGUAUAGAAAAUAUCAUUGCCCUCGUGCACUACCUAAUGCGGAUUUGUGGUGGGCAAGGAACAUACUUAAUCCGCGUACUACAAAAACACAUUGCUCUCAUUUCAUAAUUUCAUCUUUUGCCCAUUCCUUCACCAUUGCACGUCGCUCUGAUUUUUACGUGCCCCAUAAUUUCGAGUAUCAUUAUUGCAUCGCAAUUUUGCGGUUCUAUUUUUAAGGAGAAAAUGUAAUUGUUCACGCGAGGCGCACUGAAUCAGGCGAACCAGCAACACAGUACCGGAUGUCUUCGGCGCGGGACCGUAUAGCCGAGCUGCAGGAACUGCAGGCGCAGCGGCGCGCGCAGCUUGAGGAGCAGCGGGAGAAGGUCGAGGCCUUGAAACGCGCCUCGACGCAGCUGGAGGCCCAGCGCGCCAGCCUGCAGCAAGGGACCACCCGGGACACCACGACUCGCAAGUCCUACAAGGAGGUGCUAAAUGAACUCCUGCCCGGUCGCUUUUCCGCCGCGGACCAGGACCCUGCACGAGCGCCGACGCUGCACCGGCCAUCGAACCUGGACGUGGUGAAGAAGCUCGCUUCAGUGAACAUCCCGCCGCUGCAAACGAGUGAGGCGUACGAAAAGGGCGUACAGGCGGGGGCCGAUGAUUUUGCGUGCGAUGAUGGUACUUCUAUGGCGGACGACAACCCUGGUGCCCGCGCUGCCCGCGCCGCGGGAAAUAAACUGCAGGGUCGCAGUUCUGCAGCAGUCUCUACUGGGGCGCAGGCAGUUGCAACGUCAACAGAAGGGCUGGGGGAGAAUCAAAAUGACGAAGCACGAUUACUACUAGGAGAUCCUGGAAAUAAGAUGAACAAAACGAACAACGACACCGCAGGAGCUGCGAGUUCCCUUGUGCCGAAAAAACCUCCAGAACCCAUGACGGAGGAGGACAGUGCGAGGGUGCUGCAGAACCCCGAGUUCGUGGCCUUUUUCGAGAAAUCCUCGAAAAUGAUCGAGAAACUGCUCGCCGCGCCGCAGACAGAGGCGCUGUUCGAUCGCGACUACCAGCACGAGCUGGACGAAGGGGAGAAGCACGGCGAGGAGAUGGUGGAAAUCGCGGAUUUUGAAAGUAGUCGCUGGACGCGGGACCGGACCACCACGGACGUGCAGUGGAGCCCGCAUUUCCCCGAGCUUUUUUGCGCGUCCUACGGACCGAAAAAGAACGCGACGCUAUCGGACGACGAGGGGGUGGUCUGUGUUUGGAACCUCGCAUUGCAGAAUCGUCCGGAGUUCGUCUUCACCGCAGGUUUCAUGCUGGCACUAGAAGUGUGGCACAAACGACCCCUGUCUGCUCGUGGUUCUAGUCAUGAUAUUCUCCUGAAAACUACUACUACUACUUGCUUUUUGCGGAAGAAUUGGUUCGUGGCGAAUUAUGAUUAACUAACAUCAAAAUCCAUAUUCAGGGUCUCAAGUGCUGAGUGUGAGGUUCGAUAAGUUCAAUCCCGCUCUUUAUUUGGGGUCGACGUAUUCCGGCAGCAUUGUCCUGUGGGACUCUCGAACGAACAGGCGCGUCCCGGUAGUACCAGAUUUUUAUUCGCGAGAAAGUGCAGGCACUGGGAAAGGAAGAGUCUUUUUCAGUGUCCACGCCAGAAUUAUGUUGUUUUGCGAAGACUCUGGAUGCCGUGUGUAUGUUUCGACUUUUUUAUCUCUAUUUCGAACUACUUUUCCAGGUUCAGCGCACCGCCUUGAUUUCUGGUAGAGGACAUGCGCAUCCUGUCUACGCCAUGGAGCAAGUAGGGGCACGCGGCGGUGAACUGAUUUCAAUAUCGACAGAUGGAAGACUGUGUCUCUGGAAUUUAUCCAUGCUCGUGCAUCCGCAGGUUGGUACAAGUCACACAGAGAAAAGAUACUGCUUUUCUGUGAUUUUCUGCGAAGACUAUAGGACUUGAGUAAUUGAUACUUCUGUCAUUUUUGAACGCGGUCAGCGUCAGCCCUUCUGGAAUGAUGUUUAGUUUUAUUAAAAAAAGACGUCAAUAAUCGUAAUCACCACUCCGCAGGAAUGCGUCGACCUUCGCAAGGGCAGCCGGGACCUCGUAGUAAACUCGAUGGCUUUUGGAUCUGAAAAUGCCAUUUGGACCGGCGCCGAGGACGGUUCUGUUUGUCAAGUACAGAUUCAUCAAAACAAGUCCGGCGUUGUGGAUUCCCUCGAAGGGCAUCUGGGAUUGGUAGUUUCUUAGCUGCUACCUUUUUUUUCUUGUAAUGGGCUUUCAUCGUUUUCUCUUUACUCUUUUUCCUUGUUUCCUAUUCCUUUCUGCUCGGCAGCUGCCUGAAGUUUGUUCUGGCAGUGAUUGGUUUAUUUGGUCGAAGAUACGGUCAACAUCAUAUCGCAAUCUUCAAAGUUGUUCGUUCGAAGUCUUCCCAUUCAACAUUGCAAUGUGACAAGCAGGUUUCAAAUGUGGCAAUCAACACGCGGGUGUCGUCGAGCUGUGGCGAUCUGCUGCUGACCAGCGGGUUCGACUGGAGCCUGCACUUGUAUGCGCCGAAGAAGUCGCAGAGCCCGCUGCUGCAGUGGCAGCACUACGAGGAUUACGUGACCGACGUGCAGUGGCACCCGGAGCACCCGGCGGUGUUUGCGACGGUGGACGCCAGCGGGUUGUGCCAGCUGUGGCACCUGAACGAAUCGCUGGAGCAGCCGAGCAUGAGUACGAAGCACGCGAAGAGCGCGUUUUUCUGCGGGGUGUGGGAUGGAAAGUCGGGCCAACGAUUCGCCGCGGGCAACACCGACGGCGCAGUCAAGCUCUGGCAGGUCGAAAAAAAGCUCACCUGCUCGGCCUCGGAGCAGCAAAGCCAGGUGAAGCAACUGGAGGAGCGCAUAUCGGGCCUGGAGCCCGUUUAUCAAAUGCAAAAAUGUCUGGGUCUGGAAGGUUGAAACUUGUGAUGCUAACUUUGGACUCUAAAAAAGUCUGUAUUGCAUGACCAGCAAGAGGAGUCUAGUUUGUGCUACGCGGGGAGAGCGUUUGUCAUGCGGAGUAGGCAUCAGGAAGCCCUCUAAAAAUCUAUGAUGCUAGGGCGUGCAUUGCAGGCGUCCUGGGUCAUGCAAAACAUGCGUGACAAGUCAUCCUUUACAAACAGUGCGCCUAUUGCAAAAGCAUGCAUUUAUCUUGCACAAGAUUCGCAUUCAAGUAAGGCACUAUGUUAAUACGAGUUCACAAAUCAAGAUGGUGCAACAAGUAGCAGCUGGUCUCUCACUGCCACGUGGCAGAUUUCGUCUUCUCUUCUGCCUCUGCAUCUUGCAGAACAGUACUUGCUCAAAGGUAAGAAUCCGGCGGAAAAAAGUUGCUGCUAUUCAGCAUACGAUAAUUAUUUUGGAAACGAAUAGAGGCUUUUUGCAUGAGAUACCCUGAAAAAAUGCAGAACAGAUAGCACUGAGAUCAAUCAGCGCGGACAUCGCGUUUGCCAUGCAGAGCUGCAACGCAAGUGAUCAAAUGAAGCGCUAAAGAAGUCGAAGAAACCAUCUGGAACGGUGACAGAAAUUCAAUCAGCAUAAGUGAAAAACUAAUUUCCAAGAAAGUGAAAUGCAUAUAUCUCAUAAAAAAGAAAGCCUUAAACUUUCCAAAAUAAUGAGCGACAUACUUAUGCCCAUGAUGAUUACACAUAAGUUCAGGAAAAGCUGCUUUCAUCCUGCUCUUUUUGUAUCCUAUGCGCUACACCCGUCACUCUCUAUCUUUGUCUGCACCAACCCCUGCAAAUAAACUUGUAUUUGAUGUCGAGCAGCAAAGAUAUUGAGUAACAGGUAUGAAAAUAAAUUAAGCAGAAUGUAAGCAGCCUAGUACAAAAAGAACUUAAGUGCCACUUGUCAAGCAGCAUACAGCCCAAGAGACGACAGGGCGAGAGCCCUGCAAGGCCGGGCGUCGAUAGUAAGAAAACAAAAAUCAAAAAAAGAUGGUGUACACCGCAAUGCUUAGCUGUGUGAAAGGUGUCGGCCCUGUGUAACCUGCUGCGGCAGGCAGGUGAAUUCGUAGAACUGAUUCACAUUCUAAGUAACGCCCACUGGCCUCCUAGCUUAGUGAUGAAUUUACAUGGCAAAUUAUUAUUAAGGUCCUUCGUCAGGAUGCGCGGCUUCUAUUAUUGGCGUCUGGUCUGAUCGCACCCUAUGGCUAGUAUCUGAGAUCAGAAAGCCCUUUACUUCGGGGGACAGUAGCGCGCGAAAAAAGUUCGUCGCGGGGGCACCCCGCGUGGUUCGUUUUUGUAUGUUCUCCGCACCACGCAUCUCUGGCUUCGGUCGUGUUUCCCGCUGGGUUUUUCAAACGCGGGUUUGCAAAACCCGUUUGCAUAGGGCGUUCCCAGUAUCCGCGUUUACACAGAUCCCGAUUAGCGCGCACUAGGCGCAACUAUCUCCAUACACAGUGGUCUCCCCCCUAUCUUUACUACCGUCAGGUGCAGCGGCUUUCUGCACAUCGCGCUUAGUCUCGACCCAUAUCGACCCCCCUUGCUAUUCGUCCCACAGCAUAGCAACGUCCGCCGCGGCUUACGGCUAUAGACGUUAACUAUAUCGUGGGGAUUUUCUAUGCGUGUGUCCGGUCCGAGUUCGAAAAAGGGUUCAGGGGUGACCCCCCUGUAUGCAUGCGGAUUUAUGUUUCCGAAGGGUUUAGGGUUUUGAUUUAUAUGGACCAAUGCGGCGCGCCCAUCGAUUUUCCUGGCAGUGUCGACCUGCUGUACACGGCGUAACCCCCGCCGAAUCACGAGCGGAAUGCGCAUCUGAAACUGAAACUGAAAAGUGAGGAACUGGUUGGUCGCGGCGCAACCUUGGCGCGAGUAUCUCCGUGACAUGAUGGCCGGGACGGUCGUUGCAGAUUCCGCUCGAGAUUUUUCAACAUGGAGGUCGCAAAAACUCUUUUGCAUGGCCUUCGCGUAGUACCACCGAGAUACGAACCGUCAUAGGCUUGAAAAACUUUUUCGAAAAAACUUUCACUACAGUUUCGCGCGGCGGCUUCCCGUGUGUAGAUUUAUUCUCGACCAUAUCACCCCCCUGCUAUUCGUCCCACAGCAUAGCACGUCCGCCGCGGCUUCCGGCUAUAGACGUUAACUAUAUCGUGGGGAUUUUCUAUGCGUGUGUCCGGUCCGAGUUCGAAAGGGUGCAGGGGUGACCCCCCUGUAGGCAUGCGGGUUUAGGGUUUUAUUUUGCAUGGACCAAUGCGGCACGCACAUCGAGUUUCCUGGCAGUGUCGACCUGCUGUACGCGGCGUAACCCCCGGCGAAUCACGACCGGAGUGCGCACAUCCGAAUCCGAAUCCGGCAAAAAUGAGGGGCCCAAUGAAAAAAAAAAAAAAAACAUGCGUGACAAGUCUCAGAAUCUUCCAGACCCAGACAUUUUUGCAUUUGAUACCGUUUCGGCCAGCGGCGGUGCGGCGGGUGGUCAGGGGCUUGACUACGGUGUCCGGGUGUAGGGAAGCAUUCCAGCAACACGAAGGUCGUGGUCGGGGAUGAUUUAACCGUGGAAAAUAUUUAUGUCGGACACGCUUGCAAAAUAUUUAUGUCGUUGUACAUACCUGCGGAAAGUGAACGUACGGUACACUCCAUCCGUAGAACAAAGAAAGAUCGUUGCGCUGAUCUUGUUGAAUAUUACGCCAGUCGUGCAAAUGCAUGCAUUUUAUCGGGUGACUGAUAUCAGCUGCACUCUGUUUUGUCGCACCCGAAAGAUGAAAUAUCCAAUUUUCCGGCGCAGCAGGAAUAAAGUAAAGUUCGGCUCGAGAUCGAGUAGAGAGCCGGCCCUCCGGCUUCGCGGUCACCGAUUUGCAAAGGACGUGAAAAAAGGU